AAGGCCAGGCCUCAGUGGCAGUGGGCUGAGGGAUGGGGAGGGAGUGGGAAGGUUCAGAGUGAACAUAAUUGCCCCCAACUUUUCUUCCCCAGGACUCCUAGGGUUCCGGGAUUCCCCAAGAUGCCCCCUGCAGGUGGGAACUUGGGCUGCAGCUGAGGACAACGACGGAGACUCACACCCGACCCCAACACUCAUCCCCCAAAUUCUCAACCAGGCCUGUACCUCCCCUACCUGGGGGAGGGGGGGUACCAUGACGUCAUUUCCUGCCCUGAAGUCCCAGCUGCCAGAGCCAACUUCACCUGCUGCCCACGGCUGUCCCGGCCCCACUCACUCACCGCCACCCUGGGGGCUGGAGGGUAACCUUGGCAGGACGGUGCUGAGGGGGCGGGGAAAGGCUGGGGAGGGUCAGGAACCUGUGGCGCAGGCUUCCGCGCUUCCGCGGCGACUCUGGUGGCGGAGGCGGGGCCUGUCGGGGGGCGGGUUCCCACCCGGGCGGGUUGCCACCCACCCCCUCCCUGAGAGCUAUAACUUGAGUUGCGGACCUCACACACUCCACGGCCCAGCACCUGAGUCCUGGCCUCGCUUUUUCCUCGCGGAGCAAACAUGAGCUUCAGCGCCCAGUCCACCUUCUCCAGCUACCGGUCCCUGGGCUCCGCGCAGUCACCUGGCCACGGGGUCCGACCGGUCAGCAGCGCUGCCAGCGUCUAUGCAGGCGCCGGGGGCUCGGGCUCCCGGAUCUCCGUGUCCCGCUCCACCAGCGUCCGGGGCGGCUGGGGGUCCGGGAACCUGGGCGCCGGGAUGGCCGGGGGUCUUGUGGGUGUAGGGGGCAUCCAGGGUGAGAAGGAGACCAUGCAAGACCUGAAUGACCGCCUGGCCUCCUACCUGGAGAGGGUGAGGAGCCUGGAGGCCGAUAAUAGGAGACUGGAGAGCAAAAUCCGGGAACACCUGGAGAAGAAAGGACCCCAGGUCAGAGACUGGGGGCACUACUUGAAGACCAUCGAGGACCUGAGGGUUCAGAUUUUUGCAAGCUCUGUGGACAAUGCCCGCAUCGUUCUGCAGAUUGAUAAUGCCCGUCUUGCUGCUGAUGACUUCAGAGUCAAGUAUGAGACAGAGCUGGCCAUGCGCCAGUCUGUGGAGAGUGACAUCCACGGGCUCCGCAAGGUCAUUGAUGACACCAAUGUCACCCGGCUGCAGCUGGAGACUGAGAUCGAGGCUCUCAAGGAGGAGCUGCUGUUCAUGAAGAAGAACCACGAGGAGGAAGUAAAGGGUCUACAAAACCAGAUUGCCAACUCUGGGUUGACCGUGGAGUUGGAUGCCCCCAAAGCUCAGGACCUCAGCAAGAUCAUGGCAGACAUCCGAGCCCAGUAUGACGAGCUGGCUCAGAAGAACCGAGAGGAGCUGGACAAGUACUGGUCCCAGCAGAUUGAGGAGAGCACCACAGUGGUCACCUCGCAGACCGCUGAGAUAGGAGCUGCUGAGAUGACACUCACGGAGCUGAGACGCACUGUCCAGUCCCUGGAGAUCGACCUGGACUCCAUGAGAAAUCUGAAGGCCAGCCUGGAGAACAGCCUGAGGGAAGUGGAGGCUCGCUAUGCCAUGCAGAUGGAGCAGCUCAAUGGGGUCCUCCUGCACCUGGAGUCGGAGCUGGCCCAGACCCGGGCGGAGGGGCAACGCCAGACCCAGGAGUACGAGGCCCUGCUGAACAUCAAGGUCAAGCUAGAGGCUGAGAUCAACACCUACCACCGCCUCCUGGAAGAUGGGGAGGACUUCAAUCUUGGUGACGCCGUGGACAGCAGCAACUCCACGCAAACCGUCCAGAAGACCACCACCCUCAAGUUCAUGGACGGCAAAGUGGUGUCUGAGACCUCAGACACCAAAGUUCUGAGGCAUUGAGUCAGCAGAAGCAGGGUGCCCUGGGGAGCAAGAGGCCAAUAAAAGUGGAGACGUUACUGCAUA